UUCAUUUUAACCUCGAAUUUCAUUUCUUCCUGGCGUAGAGGAUGCUGCUCAUGCCAACGUGUUUGUGACAUUUCGUUUGAGAGCGAUGUUUGGUGGUGUGCUUUGUUAUCAAGAGUUGCAGAUCAUGAUGGCGAAAUGUUGAGAUCCAGGAUUCGCCAACGCUGUUCGUCGGGAUAAAGAGAAAAGUUUCGUCACGUUUCCCUCUAGAUCGGGAAGUUACAGGUGCCAAUGUGACUUGUUCUCCAACCUCCAGUAUGGAAACCGGUCAGAUGGAGAAGUCAGAGAAGAAAAUAACUGAAUUGCAUGAAAAUACCCUUGAUUCAAGUUACGUUAGCAAACAACCCUUGAAACGUAUUGAAAUACAUUUACAUAAAUUUAAUGAUGUGGCUAUUCCCCAUCACAUCGAUCUUCUACAUAAACACAAAAGCAACAUUCAAAAGUUUCAGGAAAAUGCUGAAUGGGAGCGAGUUCAUCGUGAACAAAUUAAUGCCACCAGGUUAAUAAAACAAUUGAAAGCGCUUUUAUAUGAAAUGGAUAUGCUGAGGAAUCAGGUGUUUGAUUCUGACUUGCAAAAAUUUGAUAAACUAACAGCUUCUUCUCGGGAAAAUGCCUUAAAGGCUAUUGAAGACUAUUUAGCUAUGAAUCCACAGAAGACAAAUCUGUGGAUUUCAGCCGAAAAAUUCAAUGAGGAAGAAAUGGAAUGCAAAAAUGAAAUUAAUAAUAGCACUAAUGAAAUUAGCUCCUCUCAGUUGAAACUUGCUCUAAGAGAUGACGAAGUUAAGAAACGAGAAGAAUGUCUUAAAUCCUGGGAGAAUCUGCAAGCUGAAGUUCAAGAUGUGCAUGAUUUAUUCCAAGAAUUUGCCAAAGUAGUAGAAGAACAGAAAGAAAAAGUGGAUAUUAUCGAGGAAAAUGUGGAAGAAGCUGAAGAAAAUAUUUUGGAAGGAACAAAUACUUUAAGAAGAGUCUCUAAAUAUAAGACAUCUAUUUAUCCUCUGGCUGGUGCUUUGAUUGGAGGUUGUUUGGGUGGUCCCGUUGGCCUUUUCGCUGGCAUGAAGUUGGGAGGUUUGGCAGCUCUGGGGUGUAGUGUUUUAGGUUUUACUGGCGGAAAAUUCCUCAAAAAGAAGCAAGAGGAAGAAAAUAAUCAUGAAAUUGAAAUGCUACAUAUGACUAAUGAAAGCAACAUGAAAGGGUCUACAUCUCUCCCUGUUCUUCAAGAUACUUCGCAUGAAAGAACUCUUGAACAGCAAAUUAGAUGAAUUCAAUGAUUUGCUGACUAUUAGCUUUUUGGAUUAAAUACAAGUGCUUUAAAUACUGUAUAAAUUAUUAAGUACUUCAUACAAACAGGUUGUAUAAAAAAUUUUAAAUAAUUUGUAAUUUUUAUCGAUCUACAUUUUGCUUUGUAUAAAAAAAUAUAAAGUGAUGUUAACAAAA